AACCAAUCGUAACGUAGAAGGGCGGGGCUUGUUUGAAUACGGGUGUGUAUGAGAGGAAAGCGUCGCAGAGGUCAUCCAACCGCAAUGCAUAAUGGGACACCGAGUCUUGAAAACAGUUUACGGAACCCUUUUAUCCGGGACAGUAUUAAAAUCUAUGGAACCGUGUAGCUGUUUCUUUAGUAGCGCAUACCAAACUGUGUUAAAUUAUGACCGCGAUUUAAGUAAGAUGUACCCCUUUUUGUGCGCUGGCGAUGCGGUGAUGGUCGCGUUUUUAUGACGCGAAGCAGGAGGCGGAGCCUUUAUGUUUGAACCGAACGCGCGAUGCGGAAGGUUUUGUUUUCCGUUAAAACAAAACAGAAAUAUGACAAAUAAGUUUGAAUAAAGUCGAUUUUUUAUUGUUGUUGUUCUACAACCAGGUCCUUAUAGGAGUAUUUUGGCUGCUCCAUCAUGCCUAUCCGGGCGUACUGCACCAUCUGCUCGGAUUACUUUGACCAUUCCAGAGAUGUAGCAGCGAUCCACUGUGGUCACACGUUCCACUAUGCCUGUCUUCUACAGUGGUUCCAGUCAGCUCCCACUAAGACCUGUCCCCAGUGCAGGAAGCAGGUCAGCACCAGACACAUCAUCAACAAGCUGUUCUUCGAUGUAGCGCCGGACGAAGAGGGGUCUGCAGCCGACCCCGAGAGCCUGCAGAACGAGUUGGAUCGAAUGAAAGUAGUUUUAUGUGAAAAAGAGAGAGACUGGAGAGACAAACAGAAAGCGGCCGAGUCUCUGAAGGAGACGAUCGAGAAGCAGAGAGCCGACCUGGACAGAGUGAGGAGAGAGAUCGGAGAGAAGGAGAUGCUCUGUACCGCCCUGAGAAAGCAGAUGCAGUAUUUGGAGAGUCAGCAGCGAGAAAGCGAGGCAGCUAAAGAGGAGGCCAAGAGGCUGCGGGUCAAAAUGAAAACCUACGAAAGCCUGGACAUGGUACUGCAGGGUCAGAGGGCAGAGGUGGAGGCCAUGAUCUCGGACAUGGGCGUGGGACAGUCGGCUGUGGAGCAGCUCUCCAUCUACUGCAUCUCUCUCAAAAAAGAGUACGACAGUCUGAAAGUCUGCCUCCGGACCUCCAACGAGAUGUGCGAGAAGCUGAAGAGGGAAGUGUUCUGCUCUAAUAACAAGUUGCAGAAAGUCACGCUAGAGAUGAACCGAGCGAAGGAGGACAUGAAGGCUUUUCAGAAUGACCUCGCCAACUCGGAUAAAGAGAUCACGAGUCUAAAGAAGAAAGUGGAGAUCCUGCAGAAGACCCUGAGCACUCCCACACGCACCAACGAGGCCAUCAGCCGCCUCGUGUUCGAGAGCCCCGCCCCCAUCGAACUCAAGUCCCCACGCCUGCACCGGCCCUCGGACAGCCAGGACAUCGACCUCAACAUGACCUUUGACAUCAGCACACCUGAGCAGGUGGAGAAGAAGCCAGCGGCCGUCCCCUCGAAGAAGAUGCGCCUGGAUCAGGCAGCUAGGACGUCGUCCAAACACGGCGAGAACACGUUCGGGAGUAAGAUCUCACACCCUAAAGAUGACGAGGUUUCCAUGGAGCCCAUGUUCAGGAACUCUCUGCUUUUCAGGAAGAAGAUGUUUGGCAGCAUGCUCGACCCGCACAGCAAACCUGGAGCUGUAAGAACGGGCUACGAUGGACUCGGAGGAAGGACCAAAUUCAUCCAGCCUUCUCCGCUGGCUGAGAUCCGGCCGCUCGUCAUGAAGGCAAAGAGGAAGAAAGUGUCGAGGCCAGCGCCGAGCAAACUGACCCCUAACCUCGCCACCCUGGACGGAUUCCUGGAGUGACCUCUGACCUUUCUCGUUUGUCUCUAAAUAAUGUGGGGGUAAUAAACACAUGGGUGGUGUGUGUGUGUGUAUGUAUAUGUAUAUGUAUGUAUGUAUGUAUAUAUAUAUAUAUAUAUGUAUAUGUAUAUAUAUAUAUGUAUAUAUAUGUGUAUAUAUAUGUAUAUGUAUAUAUAUAUAUAUAUAUAUAUAUAUAUAUAUAUAUGUAUAUGUGUAUAUAUAUAUGUAUAUGUGUAUAUAUAUGUAUAUAUAUGUAUAUAUAAGAGCGAGAUGGGACUCAUUGUCUGACGUCUCGUAUGAACUGGAGGUUUUUUUAAAAACACGCCAAACAAUUCCUAUUUAUUUUUUUCUUUUUUUAUAACUGUUUCAAUUUCCAGUCAGUUCUUUUGUUGUUUUUUUUGCGUCUCUGUUGAAUGUGUGUACUCUUGUAUAUUUUUGUGUCAGUUAUUCCAGUUGCAGAGUGGAACUUAAUAAAUUGUAGUUUUCUA